UGUUCUCAGAAGUGUCGCCAUAUGUUCAUCGUGGAGACGGUGUGCGUGGCCUGGUUCUCCCUGGAGUGGAUCCUGCGCUUCAUUCAGGCUCGCAGCAAGCUGGAGUUCAUCCGCGGGCCCCUCAACGUCAUCGACGCCAUGGCCAUCCUGCCCUACUAUGUGUCCCUGGUGGUGGAUGAGGAUGAUCCGGCCCUGGACCAUGAGAAGGCCGGGGGGACCAGCUACCUGGACAAGCUGGGCCUGGUGCUUCGGAUCCUGAGGGCCCUGAGGAUCCUGUAUGUGAUGAGGCUAGCCCGUCACUCUCUGGGCCUGCAGACCCUGGGCCUGACGGUGAGGAAGAGCACCAGAGAGUUUGGCCUUCUGCUGCUCUUCCUGUGUGUGGCCGUCACCCUCUUCUCCCCGCUGGUUCACCUGGCCGAGAGCGAGCUGGCGCCCAACGCCGCCACCGCGCCCCAGCACAGCUUCAGCAGCAUCCCAGCUUCCUAUUGGUGGGCCAUCAUCUCCAUGACGACAGUGGGCUACGGCGACAUGGUGCCACGCAGCAUCCCGGGCCAGGUGGUGGCGCUGAGCAGCAUUCUGAGUGGCAUCCUCAUCAUGGCCUUCCCUGCCACCUCCAUCUUUCACAUGUUCUCUAAGAGCUACCAGGAGCUCAAGCAGGAGCACAACCGCCUGUUCAAAGAGGAGUGUGCGGCUGCAGCGGCCCUGGCGGCAACCAGCAGGGAAGGUCAGGAGGGGAGCGAGGACUUCCCUCCCCCAGGACUGCGCCACAUGUGCCCAGACACGGAGAGCACUCGCUCUCUGGAGUCCCUGUCCCUUCUUGAGAACGGUGGCGUGGUCUCAGGGAAUAACCAGCAUAGCCACAGCCCCAGGCUGCCAGCUGGAGCCUUCUAGACAGUCAGACAGGCCUCACCUGCCCCGGCCCACAGACCUCACAGCACACUAGGAACAGGGAGGCCUCAGCAGGCUUACUAAUCACAGACUUAAUAGAAGAUGCAGUAAAAGAUCCAAUCCAAAGUCAUUUUUUCCAUGGCUGUCUUUAUCUUUGAAAAUAUUGCGUAGCUCACCCACAACAUAAUUUUWAUUUUAGUCUCAAUCUCUAUCCGAGAUCAGAAUGUGCAGACCUGGGCCAAUGGAAGCCAUAGCCAUCUGUCUACCCUAGACCCAUCUGUACUGAGCUCAACACUGAUUUUAUUUCUGAGAGGCUUUGAAAGCUGUACUUAAAAAAUAUCUCAGAUGGAUGGUUCCGACUCUCCCAUGCUGAAUAAACCCUCUCUCUUUCUCCCUUUGCAACAAAUGCAAAGACACACACAGACUAACACUGGAUUUGGCUGCUUGAGUGUCMGGAGUCAUGGACACGGAGUUAUUUGCCACUCCACCACGUCUUCCGUCGCGACCGGCAGGAAGAGGAUAUUGGACGAGCAGUGAUCAUAGUCUUUUUAUAAUCUACAGGAGACAGAGAGCCAUCUGCAUAGAAUGAACUUUGUAAGGCUCCAAAUAAAAACACAAGUAAUCUCAA